GCAUGUCAUGAUUUCAAUGCGGAAGUGCUGAGAGGCUGCUGCUGAAUCACACAGAGACAAAACAACGCGGUGUCUUUAUUACAUUUAAAAAUGCUUUAAUUCUAAACAGUGUAAACUCAGCGACAGUGUUUCCCAGCAGGCUAACAUGGUCCCUUCAGACUUUAAAUCCCUGAUCCAGAGGUUUUAUCAUCUUCAGUCUGAGCGGGUGGAGACGUAUCGACUCUUUGAAGAAGGACACGAGGCCUACUUGAGGACAGGGCCCCACUAUGACUUCGACCACUACAGGCAGCUGGUCCAUGAGAUAACACAGGCCUUCUGCGGCAUCUCCAAGGAAGUGCUGGAGAUCAAGGGGAAGCUGCACCACGACUUUGACAGACCAGACCUUUCUGAGCACAUUGAGAAGCUGCAGAGCAAAGAGAAGCAGAAACUUGAACUGACAGCCAAGCUGCAGCUGGCCAGGCAGCGGGCCCAGGAUCACCCCGAGGACGAAGGCUGUCAAGAAAAUAUUCAGGAGAUCAAGCAAGAGAUCAUCAAGACCAAAGAGGCUCUGAGUGAAAUCAUGCAGGACUUUAAGUAUGACUCAGAGGAGUGUGAUUGACAGACGAUUCCCGGGAGGGCCCCCCCGCGCUUGCCUCGCAUCACGAGACGAGUCGAGCUGACGGGUCGACUCCGCUCCGCUGCUGCAACUUCCAUCUUGGACUCCUCGGCUGCACUUAUCGAUCCCUCCCUGCCCCUCCACCCCCCUCCGGCUCCACCCCGCUCACUGCUGCAGUCUCAUUCCACCCAAGGGGCUCUUCUGUGUGUUUCUAUCUGGAGUCGUGUAGUUUGUGUUAACGCAUGGCUCAGCAAAAAACAAAAGAGGAGAGAGAAAAAAAAAGGAAGAAAGCUGCUUGUGUUUAGUGAUGAAACGUGUAAAUAAAAUACUCGCAUUUUAAGAA